AUGCCUAUACUGUUACCCCGCCACUACUACCAGUACCACAGCUACCACUACACAUGCCAAUACUGUUACCCCGACCACUACUACCAGUACCACUACACAUGCCAAUACUGUUACCCCCACCAGUACCACAGCUACCACUACACAUGCCAAUACUGUUACCCCAACCACUACUACCAGUACCACAGCUACCACUACACAUGCCAAUACUGUUACCCCCACCAGUACCACAGCUACCACUACACAUGCCUAUACUGUUACCCCGCCACUACUACCAGUACCACAGCUACCACUACACAUGCCAAUACUGUUACCCCGACCACUACUACCAGUACCACUACACAUGCCAAUACUGUUACCCCCACCAGUACCACAGCUACCACUACACAUGCCAAUACUGUUACCCCAACCACUACUACCAGUACCACAGCUACCACUACACAUGCCAAUACUGUUACCCCCACCAGUACCACAGCUACCACUACACAUGCCAAUACUGUUACCCCUGGCCACCACUACCAGUACCACAGCUACCACUACACAUGCCAAUACUGUUACCCCAACCACUACUACCAGUACCACUACACAUGCCAAUACUGUUACCCCAACCAGUACCACAGCUACCACUACACAUGCCAAUACUGUUACCCCCACCACUACCAGUACCACAGCGGCCACUACACAUGUAUGUCAAUACUGUUACUUCAUCACUACUACCAGUACCACAGCUACCACUACACAUGCCAAUACUGUUACCCCACCACUACUACCAGUACCACAGCUACCAGUGCCACUACACAUGCCAAUACUGUUACCCCACCACUACUACCAGUACCACAUCUACUACACACACCCAUCGGAAACUCCAACUCCCACCACCACUUCUUGUCCGACAUCUACCACUACUUGUAUACAUAUUGGUACCACCUUUACCACUUCAUACCUACAUGUACAUAA